AUCAAACCUCAUCUCUUAACCCACCAUCUGAGCCAGCCACAUUCUUAAGCCUUCAAACUGAAUCAUCUGAAUUAACGAAAUCAUUAAGCCUUCCAUCUGAACCAACUGAAUCUUUAAGCCUUUCAUCUGAACCACCCACACCCCUGAGCAUUCCAACUGAACCAAUCACACCCCUCAGUCUUCUUUUUGAUCAAACCUCAUCUCUUAACCCACAAUCUGAGCCAGCCACAUUCUUAAGCCUUCAAACUGAAUCAUCUGAAUUAACGAAAUCAUUAAGCCUUCCAUCUGAACCAACUGAAUCUUUAAGCCUUCCAUCUGAACCACCCACAUCCUUAAAUCUUCAAUCUGAACCAAGCACACCAUUUAGCUUUUCAUCUGAAGGAACUCCACUCCCAGUCUUGUCAUCUGAAACUACCCUUCCCCUAAAUAGCUUUAUAUCUCAACUAACCACUACCUCAGGCCUUUUAUAUGGCUCUUCUCAUUUCCUAAUUGUUUCAUCGGCUACCUCCUCAUUCCUUAACCCAUUAACUGAAACUACCCCACUCUUACAUCUAUCAACUGCAACUAUCCCACUUCCAAGUCCCCUACCUAAAUUCACCACAUCCUUUAGUCUUACAUCUCAAGCUGCUACCUCCCCAAACCCCUCAUCUCAAGCAAACCAACUUUUAAACAUUACAGUCCUCACUGCCUCAUCAGAUGUAACCAGUCUACCUCAAUCUUCACCUGCAAGGGCUUUUACUGCAUCUUUACUUGCAACUGUAUCAGCUACCUCCCACAGGACAACUUCUUCAGGUACCCACUGGAUAAGACAUACCUCCCUUAAUGGCAAUCUCUUCCAUUCUACCUCUUCAAGUGUUUUUUACUCAUCCUUUGUACCAGUAGAUACCCUGCCCCUUAGCUCUAUACAUUCAACACCACAUGCCUCUGGUCACUUGUACUCAACAUCAGAGCCCAUAAGUUAUAACAGUAUUAUCUCAGCAAUUAAGACGCCAAGUGCUGUUACAGUAGUAACUUCCACAGCUCUUAGUGCCCAAACUUCAACACUCUCAAGCAAAACAUAUUCACCUUUGACUUCAUUACAUGUCAUCUCCCCUUCUAUGACAACCCAAGGGAUGAUACUUACUACAGCUACCCAUUCAGCGUUUAUUAGUCCACCAAAGACUAUCCCUAAUAUUUCAAUAAAUCCCACAUCAUCAUCACCAUCAACCUCUACAACUUAUAAUCAAACUGACACUUUUCAAGACAUAACGGUGUCUCUUGAACCGGGGACUUUACCUGACUGGGCAUUCAUCUUUGUUGUUAUUGGCAUUUUGCUGACAGUGGGACUACUGCUGCUGAUUUAUUACAAACGUUUUAGAAAAAGGCCACCAACAACAGAGAGCAGUCUGUCCUACGAAACUAAAGAGGAAACCAUACCAGCCCCUGAUGAAGUCAUCCUCUCCUCACCACCAGCUGCUCUUACCUUCCCAGAAUUUUUCCAUAAUCCACCACUUUCACAUGUACCACUGAGACUGGAUAAGAACCAAAGACUACUUAAACCUAUCAGUUUUUCUACUUUUCACAGUUCAGAGUUGAAAACACAACUAACGACUAAUUCCAAGAAGAGAAUAUCAAGCAAACGUCCACCUGUUCUUGGUGUAGCAGGGAAAACUGGACUUCUCCAGCCCUUGACCAUCCACCCACAGAAUCUUCCAGAGACCUCUAAAAGGCAGAGCUUACUACCUCCAUUGACAACCUCCCUCAGGACUGUUCCAGAAACAACCACCUCAAAUAGACCAGGGAUAUCAACACUGCUGACUGUGUUGCCCAAAAGUGGCUCCUCAGAUGUGUGACCCAGCAUUGAAUUUAAUGACAUACAUGUAUUUACAAUGAAGUUAAGUCGGUUUUCAAAUGAAACAAACAUUGCCACCUCAUUUUAAUU